AAUGAGGCUCGCAAGCUGAAUCACCAAGAAGUGGUGGAAGAAGAUAAAAGACUUAAAUUGCCACCAAACUGGGAAGCCAAAAAAGCUCGGCUGGAGUGGGAGCUGAAAGUGGAGGAAAAGAAGAAGGAAUGUGCGGCGAGAGGAGAAGACUACGAGCGAGUCAAACUGCUGGAGAUCAGUGCUGAGGAUGCUGAGAGAUGGGAAAGGAAAAAGAAGAAGAAAAAUCCAGAUCUAGGAUUUUCAGAUUACGCAGCUGCUCAGCUGCGGCAGUACCAGCGGUUAACGCGGCAGAUCAAACCUGACCUGGAGCAGUACGAGAAGCUGAAAGAGCAGUACGGUGAAGCGCUUUAUCCCACAUCUGACAGUCUCCUCCAUGGAACACAUGUGCCGUCUAAGGAAGGGGUUGAUAGAAUGGUUGCAGAUCUUGAAAAACAGAUCGAAAAGCGUGACAAAUACAGCCGGCGACGUCCUUACAAUGAUGAUGCAGACAUCGACUACAUCAAUGAGCGAAAUGCCAAGUUCAACAAGAAGGCUGAGAGGUUCUAUGGGAAGUACACAGCUGAGAUAAAACAGAACCUGGAAAGAGGAACAGCUGUCUGA